AUAAAAUCAUUAUCAGUGAUGGUAAACUGAAAAGCCAAACCCCAAUUAGUUGUGACUAAACAGACACACGCACAUCUGGGAUAAUAUCAAAUGCACACCAACAUGCGUGUUUGUGUUCAUAUAGGAAAAAGGAAUUACAACAAGUGGUUAUGUGUUUUAGAUCCAACAACGGAUAUGAAGACAUUGGUCCGUGAACCAGGACAAGAUAUAGCCACAACCCGCCUAGAUGACCCAAAACCCAAGCAUCAUGUUUAGAACAAUCUAUCAACAGUCUAACAAUGGCCUGAUUCGCCUUAAGGUCAACAUAUCUUUAACCAUGUUGGGGCAUUGUCUCCAAACUUCCUCCGCCUUUUAAUUGAACCGCUCGGGGCCCGGGACUUUCUGGUUAAAUGGACUGUUCAUUAUUGAGAGGUAUUUUACUGCGAGCUGUGAGGUGAACUUUAAUGAAUCCCUGGCACAAAGCGCCCCUUUCACCACCCCGCAAGAAUGGAGAGCCAUUUAGAGGCUGCAGGGCUUUAUGUCAAAGGCAGACCAUAAUAGUCAUCAGGCCAGGGCAGAAGUUCCCACUAGCCCUGGGAAUGCACCAGAAAUAAACUUGGUGGACUGGCUUGAAGAUUAGAACGAGACAGGGAUUGGGUUCUGCUUCGUAACGUCGGCGGGGCAUCUGUUGGGGGCUGAGAGAUUUUCACACAGAAGAAGAAGAAGAAGAAGAAGAAGCGCUUGUUGUUACUGUACAUCCCAGGCCCGCUCGCCCCGCGGGCCGGGGUUUAGCUGUGUUAAUGGAAUAUUAAUGAGUUGAGACCAGAGCACUGGUUGACGGGCCGAGCGAGUUGUUUCUGGAUGGGAAGAUUUAAUGGUUGACCGUUUUCAGGGCUUUCUGAGCAGAGGCGAAUCAAUAGAGAAAAUAAGCUCUUUUUUUUUUAAGUGUUGUGAGUUUAUUCCAAUUCAUCAAACGGAGUCUCGGCAUGUUUACUCCGUUUUGUAGCUCCUUUUUUCUCCACUUUACGUUUUUUAUCAAACCGCUUUUCAAAUAAUGUUGAAAAUAACACGGAUGUUCAGGAAGAGCUGGUUUUGAAGGGUUUUAACGUUGGGGUUUAUCCAGCCAGGGUUUUACAAUAAUAUCCCCUAAAGCUCGAUGCUUUGGUUCAGAGGACACGUGAACCCCUAGUAUCACAUCUCUACACUCCCUUGCCGCGGCCAUUGUGUUUCACCCCGCAGGGAACAUCACAGAAAUCCCUUCUUGGUUUGCAGGUGGUCGGAUGGCAGCAAAGAGUUAAAUCCCCUUGGGCCGUGUGCCCCCCCGAAACCCCCACCACUCCACCCCUCCUCCUCCUCCCUUCUUUUGGAUGUUGUGAUGUCACAAGUCCCUCCUCUCGGCUCAGCCCUCCUCCUGUUGCUUGCCUCUGUGUGCAACAGUUCCUCUCCGGACUGUUUACGGGGGUACUUCCAUGACGGCGACCGGAGCUGCCGUUGUGUGAGAGUGUUUGGCGUGUGUGUUUUUUAGUUUACCAGGGACAAGAGUUGGUCUAAGGAAGCUGCUUCAAGGGUGGACGAUGCAAUGAAGGGUGAGGUCUGAGUCCGUCUCGUUGGUGUUUUUGAUCCGACGGGAAGGGGGGGUGGAAUCUGGGCAGAUGCCUGUGAGCUCUGCAGCGUGAUGGCUGUCAUGAACCCCCAGUUCAUGAGUUUCUGCUUCCCGGGUGGAGGCGGGGCGGGGGAGUACAGCCCGGAUCCAGGGGGUCUGGACGGCGUUCUCCAUGCCGAGCUGGAGCAGCAGCAGCAGCAACAGCAGAACCACCACCACCAACACCACCACCACCACCACCACCAGGACCUCCACCAGCACCACGACCGCCACCACCAUGACCACCACCAGCACCACCAGCAGCAGCAGCAGCAGCACCAACCCCACCAGGAGGAGGACGAGGAGGGCGGCGGGUACCGCGAGACCACCCGGGACCUGCUGAGCUUCAUCGACUCGGCCUCCAGCAACAUCAAGCUGGCUCUGGACAAGCCCGUCAAGUCCAAGCGGAAGGUCAACCACCGGAAGUACCUCCAGAAGCAGAUCAAGAGGUGCACCGGCGUCCUCAGCCCCACCGCCAACGCAGACCCGCAGCCGGGGAAGACCCCGCUGAUGACCUGCUCCCCGCCGACGCCCCCUCUGGCCUCCGCAGGGGGGCUCCAGGGCAGCCCGCCGCCGCCGCCGCCCUGCCCCGUGCAGGGGAAGGCCCUGCCCAAGCGGGGGGGGGUGGACAACGGCGGCGGCGGCGUCCAGGCCAGCCUGCAGAGCAAGAGCCUGGCGGCGCUCUUCAACCCGGGCCAGGAUGCCCGCGGCGAGGGCAAGGCCAACCGGAAGCCCCCGCUGCGCCACCGCAACCUGCCCCCGUCCUUCUUCACCGAGCCGGCCGGCCGGCACGGCGGCGGCGGCGGCGUCGGGGGGCCGGCGUGCUCCACGUCGGGCGUGACCCUCGGGGAGCUGGAGCGCGGGGACCCCGACGCGGCCGAGUUCUUUGAGCUGCUGGGGCCGGACUACAGCAACAUGGCGGCGGCGGCGGCGGCGGCGGAGGCGGAGCACGGGGAGCUGUUCCAGAACCUGCCGCCGGCGGAGAUGGCCCUGAGCUCGGAGGCCGGGGCGCCGUUCGACGCGCACCACGGGCUGGGGGCGCUGCUGUACCCGGAGCCGUGGGGCGGAUGUACGGCGGCGGAGUUCAGGAAGGGAGGAGGGGGACAUGGAGGGGGUGGGGGGGGGCAGCUUCCGCUGUACAGUCUGGGGGACGGCGUGUGCGGGGACGUGGAGGAGGGCUCCCUGUGCGGCUUGGCGUUCCCCAACUUCUUCUCAGACUCUGCGGGCGCGACCCUGUCCUACGACCUGGGCGGGGGAGGGGGCUACGGAAGAGCCCACUUCUCCUCUCUAUGAGACCUGGAGUGUGUGUGUGUGUGUGUGUGUGUGUGUGUGUGUGUGUGUGUGUGUGUGUGUGUGUGUGUGUGUGUGUGUGUGUGUGUGUGUGUGUGUGUGUGUGUGUGUGUGUGUGUGUGUGCGUGCGUUGGUUUCACAUCUCUAUUAACGUAUGGAGUUUUGUGUGUGUGAUGGUUUCCUAUCUAUAUAUGGACAUCUCUUUAAACGUGUGUGUGUGUGCAUGAGUGUGUAUUGGUUGUGUGUGUAUGUUGGUUUCACAUCUCUAUGGACAUCUCUAUAAACGUGGAGUUGAGUGUGGGUGCGUGCACGUGUGUGUAUGUACUGUUGUUGAGUAUGUGUGUGCGUGUGCUGUGCGUUUGUUUCAGUGUCGAUGAACUUUGACCUUGUGGCGUGGCAUGUGACACGUUGACCUGUCUCAGAAAGUGAGCCACAUGUUUUUAAUCUGGUGUAAAUUAAUGAAUUUUAUAUCAUCCUUUUCUUUCAACACUGUUAUGUAUUUUGGUAUUUUGCUAAAAAAGAAGUUUCGUACACUUCAAGAGCCUAGAGAUAUCGUUAGAACUUUUGUUUUAAACGGGUUAAAAUGUUAUUUCACGAAUAUUAUAUCUUUCAAAACAUAAAAUACAGGGAUUUCUAAUAACUGUGUGUGUGUGGAUGUGUUUGUGUGUGUGUGUCCGUGUUUAAUGCGUGUGUGUGUGUGUAAUGCGUCUGUGUUUUAGUGUAAUGCGUGUGUGUGUGUGUGUGUGUGUGUGUGUGUGUGUGUGUGUGUGUGUGUGUGUGUGUGUGUGUGUGUGUGUGUGUGUGUGUGUGUGUGUGUGUGUGUGUGUGUGUGUGUGUGUGUGUGUGUGUGUGAGAGAGAGAGUGACAUCACACUUACAGAUCCGUGAUGAUUGCGGACUGAUUUAAUUGGACAGAUAAGCCUUGAUUACGGACCGAGAAUGUAUUAACCGAGCGAGUUGUUUAGCAGAGAAUGUGCUUCUAGUUUUAACAAGAUGGAGAAAUAAAGCUGGUCUUUAUUCUGAUUACAGGAACUCGUCUUUUAUUUAUUUUGUAUUUUUUAUUUUAAAUCCUGGUUGUGAAAAUAUCUUAAAUAAUUUGAAAACGGUUACCAUAAGAUUAUAAAAAGGGGCUUAUACACCCUAACAUCACCAAGACCUGGCUGGCCCAUCAUCAUCUCAUUCGGCUAGACUACCAAUUACCAAUGCAUUCAUAUGGGCUAUUCAUUUCAGACUUUCCUUUGCUGUCGAAUAAGAAUGAUUUGCCAAAGAGAAACUGUGUUGUUGAGGGAAAUAUCGUUCCCGGAUAUUUUCUGAAGAACAGGAGUGCAAUGUAGGAUUUUUUAAUGUACAGUCACCAAGGCCAUUAAAUUAGGGCGACGUACAUGGUUUUAGUAAUGGGAGUUUACCGCCCCCUGGUGGAGGAAGUGGUCAUUGCAUAUUCUUAAAUUGAUAUUUACUGAGUUGUAUUGCAAUUUGCAUUCCAAAAGUGGAAACCGUCACUCUAUUCAUGCUCAGGGACAAGCUGUCUUCAAUUUUGGAUGGCCAUUUUCGGAUCUCUUAUUAUUCGAUAUACUGAAGUGUUUCCUGUUUUGACCGAAAAAUCAACAACAAAUAUAUCCGCUAAGUGGCUCCUCUAGCUCCAGAGUUAAUGUAUUAUCCCCAAUAAACCAACCACUUGACUAACCUCGGAAUAAAUUCAAACAACUACACACCAACGAAAGUUGUUCAUGAUGAUUUUAUAUAUUCCGCUGACCGAAAAUAGGGACCCAUUCUGCCGCUAGGUGACAGUGUUGCUCCAUUAGAAUUCGCCUUUAGCUCUUUCGCUGUGUUGGCGCUGAGCAAGUUUCACACCACACGAAAGUCACCAUGCCAUUAUAUAUCAAUUAUUUUGUCUUGAAUGAUUUUUGAAGAUUAAUUAUUAUUAAUG